UGAUUAUGAUAAUUAUGCAUUAACUUAUAGAUGUCUAACACCAGAUUAUAAUUUAAAUAAACCAUGUCUACAGCGAGAACUCCAUUUAUUUAGUCGAAAACCAUAUUUAGAAAAACAAUAUUUGGUCCAACUUGAACGUUAUAUUAUAAAUGUCUUAUGCAUUAAUUCAAAUGAUAUUAUAAAAACUACACAUCGCAGACCAUUCUGUUAUCCAAUAGAAGAUUUUGGCAGCAAUCCACCUCGUCACUAA